CAGAGCAGGGAGAACAAUUCAAAAAGAAAGCGGAGACAGGAACUCAUGGUGGAGUAGCUCUGAGCACCAGUAAUAAAGAGUCCGAAAAAUGUGCAAGGGAUUAGCUGCCCUUCCUCAGACAUGUCUGGAAAGGGCUAAAGAGAUCAAGACUAAGUUAGGAACUCUGCUCCAGAAGCCAGAGAAUGCCAUUGACCUCAUCAUCCCCUACCCCGAGAAGCCUGAGAAGAAACCAGAAAAGCUUCAGAAGCCGACCCCCGAGGAGGCCGCCCAAUGGCGUGAGUCUCUGGACCGAGUGCUGAACAACAGCUAUGGCCUGGUCACAUUCAGGAGCUUCCUGAGGUCUGAGUUCAGUGAUGAGAAUAUUGAGUUCUGGGAGGCUUGUGAGGAUUUCAAGAAGACUAAGACCCCCCUGAAAAUGGCCACCAAAGCCAAGAAGAUUUAUGAGGAUUUCAUACAAACUGGUGGCCCCAAAGAGGUGAACAUUGAUCACUUCACCAAAGACGUGACCUUGAGGAACCUGGUGGAGCUCUCUCCAGCCACCUUUGAUCUGGCCCAAAGCCGCAUCUACACCCUGAUGGAGAAAGACUCCUUUGGCCGGUUCCUCAGAUCUGAGCAGUACCAAGAACUGAUCAAGUAAACUGUGUCAUCCAGCUGCAGGGAGACAGCCCAGGCAAAUCAAUGACAAUCUAUGUGGCUCCCAGCACCAGCUUUAUUUCACAUCUAAUGUAUGGGCCUCAGGCAACUAAAGUCCCUCGUACAGAUGAUUUGACCAAAAUCUUGAUGCUAUUGAGCUUUCUUCAUUCCAAAGAUACCACUGAUAAGUGUUUAAAUUGACAGCAUAUAGUCUCCCUGCAGCUUAUCACCUUGCUAAUACUUGCCACUUUCAAAACUUGAUGAUGACUAAAAGGUCAACACUAAAAAUUUCAGGUCUUAAAAAUUCAUUGUGACAGUAGCAAACCAUGCACAAGUGCACAGUGCUUACAGUUGGAAGCACUUUUCACAGUUUGGUAUGCACAGCAUGUUAAUUGGAAUGGUAUUCUCUGUUACUUCAGGACAAAACGGAAAAUCUUAGCCAGACUGAUCCCCACUUGUAAUUCAUGGCUUUUCUUGGAAAUUAGACAAGUGAUUCAUGUUUUUGAAUUGGGCAGUCUGACCUGCAAGGUGCAAUUAGAAGAAGUGUCUAAGCACCAUGUUCAUCUACUGCUGAGAGAGAUACAGGGCGGUGGGGAGGGGGGCGAAUGGAGAGGGCUUUUUCUUAGAAACGUCUACAUAAAUGUUAACAGUCAAAUGGUAUCCAUGGGGGCAAACACACACUUAAUCUUGAAAGCAUUACCAUCAGUCACAGUAAGAGAAAGGAAGUGACAUGUUUAAAUGCACUUAGUCCCUGGGAAAAGCCAGAGAGGAGGCUUGUUGCGGCAUAACAGCUACACUGUAAGUUGCUAAGAUGGGAAUAUCGAGUAGGAGUGGAUCUCCAUGAAGCUUUGGAAAACAGUAUCUUUUUCAGACAGAGAGACAGCUUUCCCAAGGGAGGUCAAACACAAAUUGACUCUAACCAUGUUUAGAUUUAACUCAAUAAUAAUGAAGGCCUUAAGGCCCCUUGAUGAGUUUCAUCCAAUCAGUACAAUCACUGAGUUCAUAUAGACCUUUAUUGUACUACUAUAAUGUGUAAUGAUCCUGAAAGCUUAUUACCAGCAUGACUAUGUUAAUGCUAUUUUCUUUGAAAUGUUGCAUGCCCUUUAAAAAAGCAGCUUCUUUUGAAGUAAACAAAGCAUACAGUAUCCAUAUGUAGUGUCCUAAAUAUGUCCUGAAAUCCUUUCCUAUAUUAAAGUGUGUGUUUGUGAUCUUACCAGAUACAUA